CAACAAUCCCGCCAAAUAAAGGUAAAGUUUCAAACGGCGGUGUCAAACUAACUCCUUAGUCCCUUGCUGGCUGAUGAAACAUUGUUAUGGGGUACGAACCGGACAGGUCCUCCCAUAAGACACAGCACCCAAGAAACCUCAAGUCUUAACCAGCUUCGUGACCAAGGAGGGUAGAGGGCGGCAAGGGACCACCGCUCCUUUCAUCCAAAAAGUUGGUGCUGACCUACGUUGAGGUAAGUCGUGGUGUGCUCCAUUCAUCAUCUAGCAGUCGGUGCUUGAGUUGAUCGGGACAGCUAGACAGCCAGAGCAGCUCUUACCACGGCAGCAGUCAAGCCACUAAUAUCCACAAGGGUCACAAAUCAAAGAGGUAUAGCCCUAGCUACAAGACAGAUGAGCUCUUAUUUCGCACACUCGUUGUCGACGACCGCGUCAGGCGAUUUCCACCAUGGGUCGGAUUACCCUUCCGCUGUGGCUGUGCAGGGUUACACCCAUCAGGCACCCCAUUACCCGGCCAACAGUACCCCUGUUAACUACAGUUACAACUACGGGACGCAGUUGGACGGGAGUUUCUACCACAUGGAUCGAACCCCGUCCAUGGAGCCAACCGUGCCCCUAACCCACCCUCAGAGCUCGCCCGUAUCCGGUGUAACGGCUACCACCACGUCGGCUUACAACCGGUGUCAGAACCAACAUCAGACGGCGGCUUCGGGGGCCGCAGCCGCUGCGUCCGGGGUCUCCUGCGUGAAGAUGACGAGUCAAAGUAUGAGCGGAGAUUGUGUCAAGUCAGCGAUGAAGGGUGCACAGACAGCCCGACAACCUGAGCAGAUAUACCCAUGGAUGAGACGAAUUCAUUCCAACACAGCAGGUAACCAGACGAAUGGUCUUGAGCCCAGUAAACGAUCACGCACAGCGUACACGCGGUACCAGACACUCGAGCUUGAAAAGGAAUUCCAUUUCAACCGCUACCUCACAAGACGGCGUCGCAUCGAGAUUGCUCAUGCGCUCGGUCUUACCGAACGCCAAAUCAAAAUCUGGUUCCAGAACAGGCGAAUGAAAUGGAAGAAAGAGCAUAAUGUUAAGAGUAUCUCCCAGUUAAUGAGCCAGGAGGCGGCCGCGGCUGCAGCAGCAGCCGCGGCAGCCGACCACCAGUCGAUGCGCUGACUACACUCGUCAGUGCCUCCUAGUCGGACUAAGUACCAACUCGACCUAAGCUGAAGUUAAGUCACGCCGUGUUUGACCCACACGUAACUCGAGGUAACUUUCCAUACACUGGACAAAUGGAACUUAAGGAACAAUUCUGAUAAGAACAUGGAACAUUUAUGUCGGGUGUUUGUUCCGUUGGGAAUGAGGAAAGAAGGCCAGACGAAGGGAGAGCAUUUAUUUUGUAGAUUUUCGCUGUGAAUAUUUCGCCUCAUGUAAUACAUCUGUUUUUAUCAUUAUUUAUUAGUGACUGUUGGACUUGUCAUUUAUAUAGGUACCGUUCAAUUUCUUAUUAUUGUGCAGUAUUUUUGCCCGAAUUGUUACAAAAACUGAUUUGAAUUGGUUGCGUUUUGUGCAAUAAUUGAGCGCCCGAGUUAUCAAAUAAUAAUAUUCACACUCAAGGACUAGUAUCUUCUUCGAGAUAUGUGAAUGAAGUCUGUGAGCCAGGUGGUCACGACAUUUUUUCCGGUGGGAUACAACCCUCUUUUAACGGCACUGGACACUAUGUAAUUAGGCCUACUUAAAGCCAGUGGACACUAUUGGUAAUUGUCAAAGA